CUGACUGACGUCUGACAUUAUUGUGGCAUUUAAUGAUCAAAACACCUUUUCGCGCGUUUUUGCUGUUAUUAUUGACACAAACACGAAGUAAAUAGUUUUUUGGACAUUAUUGUGGUUUUUUACGUGUUUUUAUUUAAAAUUAACACUUGAUUGAAGUGCUAAAACUGUAACAUGGCGAGAACCAAGGCGUCUGUUGGAUCUAAAGCCAGUUCAGAGAAAGGCUCCAAAGGUUACUCUGGGGGGAACCCAGUAUGUCCACGAGAGACUCCGAAAUGGCAGAAACCAAUCACCAAGUUCUUCAUCAGCAAGGAAGACCCUCGAGAUGAGGAGGUGGAUGUCGAUGAUGAGACUGCUACCUCAUCAAACUCAAAACCAAAGGAGAAGCCUAAUGUAAUCUACUCAGAUUCAGAAGAAGAGAUCUUAAUAGAACAACCUAAGAACAACGUUUUAGACGAGAGCCUGGAGCUAGAGCCUCUAAACGGCGAAGAUAGCCACAAAAUUGAAGAAUACUACCCUAAGGGGUCAAAGGGUAAAGGCGUGGGUAAGAAGUCGAAGGGUAAAGAAAACAGGGUUGAUAUCAAGAGGGUUAGAGAAGAUGAAGAUGUCGAAAGUGAUUGCAAGAGGGUAAAAGUUAAUUAGGAUUCUUUUUUGAAAUUGUUUGUUGUAUGUACAGGAUGUUUGGGAUCGGAUUUUCGAUACAGGUAGGUAGUGUGUCAAUUUUGUCGUUUAGAGAGAUUGUAAUAGGAUUUUUAUCGAUUUAUCUAGCUAAUUAAAUUAAAAAUCGUUUUGCAUCGAGGCUUGUGGAAACCAAUCUACUGAUAUUAUAAAGAGGAAACGCUUAUUAUUGUAUUAAAUAAGCUUUAA